GCCGGACGGGGGAGCCGAGCGGCGGCGGCGGCGGCGGCGGCGGCGGGGGCGGCGGGAAUGGCGGAGCUGGUGCAGGGCCAGAGCGCGCCGGUGGGGAUGAAGCCCGAGGGCUUCGUGGACGCCCUGCACCGGGUCCGGCAGAAAGCCGUGUUAGAAGAAGGCCUGCACUGGAAGAUGUGUCUUUCCAUCUCUGUCCGCUCUUCCAGGGGAGGGAUCCCUACCUGUUGCCCAGAUCCUGACUCUUUUCACUUUAACCCCGAUGCUCCUGUAGACAUGGUGUUGGAUCCCAGAACUUUCCAAACCUGUGGUUCCACCUAAGCUCUUCCCCGAUGGCUCGUCCCUUUACUGCCUGGGCCGCCCGCCAGGACAGUUCAUAGUGAGGCUCCUCCGUCUCUCUUAGACUCGGGAGCCCUCCGCGGUGUUGGGAUGAACGUGCAUCCAGCUCCCCUCCCGUCACUCUGCCCGCAACUGUGUUUCUCGCUGGCUCCUAAUGUGCAAUGGCUUUCGCUCUGUGCCACUGUGUGACAAGCACCUUGCUGGCCUUCUGUAUCCCGGAAGAAUUCUAGUCUCUGCCCCAAAGCGUGCGGCCCCUCUGUCGGCCGAAGGCUCAUAGUUGAACCUAACGUGAAUGUUGAGCCACUGAGAAGACUCUGCUUCUCUCGAGCCAGUGGUCGAACUCGUGUUCUCGGACACCCUCUGUUAAAUGCUGGCCUAAUGUGGACUGUUGCCGCAGCGCCGGUCACUACUAGCAGAGAAAACUUCACUGGACACGUGCCCAGCUCUGAAAUGCGCCAUUGACUGGAGCAGGCAUGAGCCCUUGGAGACAGGGCUGUGAGUGUGUUCGCGUGCGGACGCUAACCGCUGGGGGUCGAGCCUAUCUCCGAGGACUUGAUGGUCUUUAAGAGCCAAAGGAGGAGAGGAAACACACAAAACCGGACAGGUUUGUGGGUCCUUGUAGGUUUCCGUGUAGCUUUGCCUUGGGCUAGCGUGGAUUGUUAGAGCUCUGAACUGCUGUCUGCCCGUAGUGACGCCUGUCUCGCGUCUCCCGAGGCCGGGCCGGGGACGACGACAGUGGCUCUGCUCCGCUCCGUCGCACACGCUGACGUCCGGCUCCCACCUCCUCCUCGGUGUGUGGAAAUAAAAACUGCAUUUCUUCACUGAAGUGGUUGCUAACCGCCCUCCUUCCGUGCCCCCCGAUCAUCGUGCCUGUCUGCAGGGCCCUCGCCAGCCUCUGUGCCCGCUGCUCGCACCACUGUGCUCAGGGCCCUCCACUUCCCUGGCCCCCGCUCACCGUGACUGGCCGUGGAACCCGCACAGGCUUGCUUGCUGGCGGGGAGUGGUCUGGGGAGCCCCCGGCCCGUCUAGACGGCCAGCAUAGCGCGGGCGCUGCUGGGAUGGGAGGCCGCGGGGUCCUGCCCCCCGUCCACCUCGCUUCCCUCCUGGUGUCUGGGAAUCUCCUUGGAUCUCCUUUGGACGCUUUGAGCAGAGCGAACCCAUCCUUUUUGCCGGCCCGUUCUCAGAAUGGUGGUGGGUCGAAAGAGAGUCUGCAGAGGUGCUCUGAAAGGCGGGGGUGUUUCCGCAGGGAGCGAGCAGGCCCGCGUGAAAGGGAUCGUAGUGUGGGUGCUCGCUGGCGAUGGCACCUGUCGGGAGAGAAGCCACAAGGGCAGAAGCAGGCUUUGGUUUCAGGAGUCACGUCCGUCGCCUCUUGAUGCUGAGCAGGGACGAUGCCGAGCUCUCAGACACCGAGCCCAGGUCUCCCGACUGGCCGGCAGCGACCCAGCAUCGCUCUGGCGAGGUGCUGGGGAGGGGCUGGCUCCGGACACUAAGGCCACGGGGACCCACACAGGCUGGGUCGCCCAGGUCCACGGCCAGCUGGACCUCCCCGACCGUCUCAGCCACUUGGGGGCUCCUGGACAUGAUGGAUGAAUUGCUGCUAAAAUUGAUUCAAUUCCUCACUUGAAUAAUUCCACGCCUCUAGUGGACCCCGCAGUGUACGGAUACGGAGCGCAGAAGCGGCCCUUGGACGACGCAGUAGGUAACCAGUUAGGGGCCUUGGUACAUCAAAGGGCAGUAAUCACAGAAGAAUUCAAAGUACCUGAUAAAAUGGUUGGCUUUAUUAUUGGCAGGGGAGGUGAGCAGAUCUCACGGAUUCAAGCAGAAUCUGGUUGCAAAAUUCAGAUAGCUUCAGAGAGUUCUGGGAUUCCAGAGAGGCCCUGUGUACUUACCGGAACCCCAGAAAGUAUUGAACAAGCCAAGCGGCUCCUGGGGCAGAUCGUGGAGCGCUGCCGGAACGGGCCCGGCUUCCACAGCGACGUGGACGCCGGCAGCACGGUGCAGGAGCUCCUCAUCCCCGCGUCCAAAGUGGGCCUGGUCAUCGGCAAAGGCGGCGAGACCAUCAAGCAGCUGCAGGAGCGGACGGGGGUGAAGAUGGUCAUGAUCCAGGACGGCCCGCUGCCCACGGGGGCAGACAAGCCUCUGCGCAUCACCGGGGACCCGUUCAAGGUCCAGCAAGCGCGGGAGAUGGUGUUAGAGAUCAUCCGGGAGAAGGACCAGGCCGACUUCCGCGGCGUGCGCGACUUCAGCUCCCGGAUGGGCACAGGCAGCAUCGAGGUGUCCGUGCCCAGGUUUGCUGUCGGGAUCGUCAUCGGGAGGAACGGGGACAUGAUCAAGAAGAUCCAGAACGACGCGGGCGUGAGGAUCCAGUUCAAGCCAGAUGACGGGAUCAGCCCGGAGAGGGCUGCCCAGGUCAUGGGCCCCCCCGACCGGUGUCAGCACGCGGCGCACGUCAUCAGCGAGCUCAUCCUUACGGCCCAGGAGAGAGACGGCUUUGGGAGCCUGGCGGUGGCCCGGGGCCGAGGCCGCAGCCGCGGGGACUGGAGCGUGGGCGCCCCUGGGGGCCUGCAGGAGAUCACGUACUCGGUGCCAGCUGACAAGUGCGGCCUCGUCAUUGGCAAAGGCGGGGAGAGCAUCAAGAGCAUCAACCAGCAGUCGGGGGCGCACGUGGAGCUGCAGCGGAACCCGCCCCCCAGCACCGACCCCGGCCUGCGAGUCUUCACCAUCCGGGGCGUGCCCCAGCAGAUCGAGGUGGCGCGGCACCUCAUCGACGAGAAAGUCGGGGGUGCGGGUCUCGGAGCUCCGGGCGCCUUUGGACAGAGCCCCUUCGGCCCGCCGCCCGCCGCCCAUCCCAGCCCCUUCCCGGCCCGGAGCUCAGGGUGCUUCCCCAGCCUCGCCGCCAAGGUGAACGGGAACCCGCACAGCGGCCCCGUGAGCGGCCCCCCGGCCUUCCUGACGCAGGGCUGGGGCAGCACCUACCAGCCGUGGCAGCAGCCCUCACAGCAGCCCCCAAGCCAGCAGAGCCAGCCGCAGAGCGGCCAGCCCGACUACAGCAAGGCCUGGGAAGAGUUCUACAAAAAGCAGAGUCACGCGGCCAGCGCGGCGCCCCCGGCCAGCUCCCCGCCGGACUACAGCCUGGCCUGGGCCGAGUACUACCGGCAGCAGGUGGCCUUCUACGGCCAGAGCCUCGGGCAGGCGCAGGCCCACAGCCAGGAGCAGUAGGGCCGCGGCCGCGCCGGCUGCCCGGAACCACGGCGAGCGAGUCCUGUUCGUAGCAGAGGUUUCGGGUCUGCAGACCUUCGGAUGAAGACCCUUUGUUUGUUCUGUGAAACACUAUAUUUAGAUUAACAGACUUUUUCUAAAAAUCGGGAAAAUUAGUUACUAAAAAUUGCUGAUUCUUCGUCUCAUGUCCGUCCGUCCGUCCGUCCGACCGUCCGUCCGCUCCGUCUCGGGCGCCGCCCCCGGCCAGCCCGGGACAGGGACCUCUGGCACCUCCGCCCGUCUCGUCCCUUGUGUGUCUUUUUGGUCACAGUUUGUUUUUGUUUUUUGGCAACACAGAGUGGCUUGGAAGUCUUAGGUGUUCUGUAACAAAUUCUUUUUAAAAAAUUUUAAACAGUAUUUAAAUAUUCUUAAAUGUGUAAAUUCAUUCAAUGUAUUCUAAUUUUUCUUGUACCUUGGCCGUCUGGUUUUAUUGCAUUUUUUUAAAAAAAAAAAACGGAACUAUUAUAUAUUGUAAUUAUGUGAAUUCUGAAUUGAGGCAGGUAACUGUGUUCCUGUCCGACGGGGCUGGGCGGGGGCAUUUGAUAGGGUUUGUAUAAUUUCUAGAGUUCUAAAGCGUAAUAUAAAAAUGUGUCUGUGUUUAGGAGAUUCUCUUCAUGUGUCCAUGACUGGUUGCAGUUGUGUAUCUAAGACCUCCAAGCUUGUUUUAAAAACAAAACAAAAAACUUUUCUCUAUUCUCUCAGAAGUAUAAAUACUGUUAUUUUUAAUAUUAAGAAGAAAUUCGAUAUAACUUUUAACAAACACUGUGGAACAUUAAACCGUAUACAAAUGUAGUAACUAUUUUUUAAUUCCAAGGUGUUUUUUGCUUUUUUCUUUUAAAUAUUUUAAUAUUUGUCAGAUUAACUAGAUGAAGAAAUAAAUCUAGUAUUAACCACAGUAUGAAUUAAAUAAUUUUGAUUUAAUAAAAGGGAUAAUAUGAUUUCCAAUGUUUACUGUAGUAUGUAUCUUGUACAGAUAACCUGUAUUUUUAAAGAAAACGGAAUUGAAGCUAUUUUUUUCUUGCAUUUUUAAUUGACCUGAGGGACAUUCCGUUUGAAAUGUGCUGAAGUCAUGGAUUCUGGUUUUCUCCUCCUGUUUUCUUUAUAAUGCUUGAAAUGUCUAACUAUUAAAAAAAAAAAAUUCGAAAAUGUUAUGCAUGUUGUUUUAAAAAGAUGUUCUUUUUAUUUGACUGACAAUUCAUUUUACACUCUAUAUAAUAAAAUUCCCGCAAGGCGUCUUGUGGGCAAAGUAU